AUAAUAAUACCACCUAAUCUUUUACAGAUAAUAAAUAAUUUAGCAGGAGAUUAUGACUAUGAUGAAAUUUGUCAAGAGAAAAAUUCAGGUACAGAUUUUCAUGAAGUUUUGACAGAUGAAACAAGAGGAAAUAAUUCUAAUCCAGAAGGAGAUCAAGACAGCCUGAGCUACGAUGAAGACUCGAACGAAGAAGAUGAAGAAGAUAACUUUGAAGAAGAAGAUGAUGACAGUGACAAAGACAUUGACGAAACAUAUAACGAACUUGAAUCAGACGAUCUAAUUAACGAAACAGAAAAACAGAUGGAAACACGCGGACAGAAAUCUAGUAUCAUAAACAGUCGCGAUCAAAUUUUUAUGAGAAAAGAAAAUUAUUUAUACCUUUUAACAAAGGACGGGAAACCUUGUGAUGAGGGAUCUAAACAACUUAAAAAACGAAACUUAAUACCUAAAAUUAAAGAAAAUCAAGUAGGAAACUUUAAACGAAACCACGGUGCGAGCACGAAGGUGCCCGUAUUCGACACAGAACAUUUUGGUGCCUCCUGUGAGGUAGUGCUUCGAUCCGCGCAAGAAACGCGCUACAUCCUGCAGACUGCCUCACACGUACGAAGAGCGGAUCAUCCGAGUUGA